AUGAACUACCAGGAGAAUAUUAGGCGAUGUGUUUGUAUUGUUUACGAUCCAUCAAGAUCGAACCAAGGCGUCCUAGCUUUGAAGGCUUUGAAGCUUUCUGAUUCAUUCAUGGAUCUUUAUAAAAAUAAUAACUUCACUGGUGAAAAGUUGAGGGAGAAGAAUCUUUCAUGGGCGGAUAUCUUUGAGGAGAUUCCUGUGAAUAAUUUCAAGGAAGAUGAAAAAGAUGACUGUAGUGAUGAUUACGAUAAUAGCGACAAGGAUGAGUAUAAUAAUGAUGGUGAUGAUGACCAUGGGAACCAUGAUGAGGAUACUGAUGUUGAGAGCGAGAAUGAGGAGGAGGAGGGAGGAGGGUCGGAGAAUGACAAUGAUGAUGAACAGAAGGAUGAUGAGAUGGAAGAGCUCGAGAUAGAAUACAAGAAACUUCUAAAUGAGGAGCAAGAUCUUUUGAGAAAUCUAAAGGGGCAUAAGGAUGAUGAUAUUAAAAAAGGUCAAGCAGUAAAAAAUCAAAGGAAAUGGGUUUCUUAUUCAGCUUGUAUCAGCGCUCCUUCUAGGGAUCCCAUUAUAGCCUAUUUGUUGGGAACUAGGAAGAAAGAUGAAGAUUCGGGUUCAGUAAGUAAUGUUGCUGAUGAACAAGGAAGCAACAGUAGAACGGAUUCAGAGCAUCGUUCGAAGAGGUUUUCGUCCUCAAGAGCAUUGAAACGAAGAUCAAUGUCAGCCACGAAGAAAGCAGAUGGGGCGGAGAGAGAUCCAUCGCCCUCUAGGAAAUCGGGGAAGAGGUCUGGUUCUCCUGUGCCUUCAAAGUACCGACAACCAUCGCCCACCACUAGCAGGAGGCAGGCAAGUCCGAUGGUGGCUAGGCGUAUGUCGCUAUCCCCUGGCCGACUGUUGAAGGGUGGGAUCAAAGUCACACCAGUAGUGGACUCUUCUGGGAAGAAGAAGAUGGCUACUAUUACAGCUGGGAAUUGUAAAGUUUCAGAGGCCCUUGUGGGGCUUACAAAACUGGGCAGGAAGAACUGGGAUGAAGGAUCGGCUUUGGCUGGCGGUGGUGGAGGAGGAGGAUGA